AUGGCGAGCAAUAUCAUAGGGAAUCGCAAUAGCACUCCCGAGGCCUCGAAGCCGACCCUUCGCCCUCCCGCUUCUCGAGCUGUGGCCGCCUCAGGCUCCCGCGACAUCCGCUCUUCAGCAGAUAUGACCAGCUUCCCCUCUCCUCUGUCUGCAAGAAAUAUCCGACCAGCCUCAGAAGUCCUGUAUAAUCAGCAAAAUCAAGGCUCGGUGGACGACUCCAACAAGGCAGGCGAGCAGUGGAUUCAAGAUAUCGAGCAGUACGAAACCAUGCUGGAAGAGAUGGCUGCAGCUACCCUGGACCAAGACUUCAAGGAUGAACUGAGCGCAAUUGAGCAAUGGUUCAAGGUUCUCAGCGAGGCUGAGCGAACCGCUGCAACCUAUGCGCUCAUCCAGCAAACCACACAGAUGCAGCAGCGCUUCUUCGCCCAAGUGCUCAAUCAGAUGUCCAAGAGCCAUCCCAUUUCCGGAGUGCUGUCCCCAGCCAACUUUGGCGAGAAGGAUCCCAUGUCGAGCAGGCUCAGUGAUGCCAUGUCGAAACUCAACGUUGAAGGCUCGAGACAUUCAAUGGGCCGUCCACCUGUCUCUCCGGCUGGCAACAAGCGCAACUCCGGCCUCGACCAAUCUACGAUUCAUGCCAUGUUUCCCGACGCCGCAGCUGCCAUUGCCCAGCAGAAAGAAGCGUACGCGCAGCAAACUGGGAAUGCACCACCCUCCAACCGCAACAGCACUGUUGAUCGAAGCUCCCUUGCGGCCCCAACGAUUCAGGCUCCUCGAGAGUCCAAGACGGAUAGCAUGAACUGGAGACAGCCUCUGAACCAGAAUCAAACACAGACCGAGAAUCGGCCCAAGUCAUCUUCGGGACAGCAGCCUCAGCAGCAGCCACCGAUGGGUCAGUUCUCUCAGCCGCCUCUAUCUGCUAGCCUUCGGUCACCACGCCCACAAGGUGGUAGCAUCCAGCAGACUACCCUGACGGCUCCUGAUCAUCACGAGAUGCCUAUGCUAUCGCCUUAUAAUGCAGGUAGUUGGGCGUCCAUGACCAAUACGCCUAUGGUGCCCAAUUUCACUCAGGCUGGCAACCAGAAUGACAUGAUUGCCAACGCCACUGCGAUGAAGCUUGCAGCCCUCUCCACCGUCAAUAACCGAAUUGCGCUGGACGAUGUGAAGAAGUACCGGCGUGCGCGGUCCAAUGAACCACAUCCACCGCUUUCUGCAGGACUACAGGCAUCUGGCAUCCCAGGCAUCAACACCAUCAUGGUCAAUGAUCAAGGCCAAGUGCUCAACCCGCAGCAGGUGGCCGCUCUGCAGGCUCAGCAAAUCGCUGCUGCGCAGGGAAGACGCUCACGGCCAAACUCGCCAGGCUUACCGAACCAUACCAGUCCUCUUCCACCUAAUUUCUCUUCCCCUCAGCAUAAUGGCUAUCUAGCUGCAUUUGAUGGCAGCAAUCCGAUGAUGAGUCCCGGCAUGGCUGGAUUGGUCGCGCCACCCUUGGGUCAGUUCGGCGUCGCUGGUGACGGCUACCUAUCUGAUCAUUCGGAGAUCGCUCGUGGGCGUUCUCCACGAGGUCGUCGCGGCAGCUCGAAGCCACCAGAGGAUCCUACUGAUCCUGGUCUGCUCGAGGACAUUCCAUCUUGGCUGCGCACCUUGAGACUGCAUAAAUACACGGACAAUCUCAAAGAUUUGAAGUGGCAAGAGCUCAUUGAGCUCGACGACAAGGGCUUAGAGGCUCGUGGCGUCAACGCUCUUGGCGCUCGCAACAAGAUGCUCAAGGUAUGUGUCUCGCUACCGGCGGUGUCGCAGGCGUUGCUAACCACCGCAGGUGUUUGA